AUGUCAUCCAAAUUAAGAAUCCUUGUUCCUGUCAAGAGAGUUAUUGACUUUGCCAUUAAGCCAAGAAUUAACAAAGCUCAAACUGGCGUUGAAACCAAGGGUGUUAAAUUCAGUAUAAAUCCCUUUUGCGAUAUCGCAUUAGAAGAAUCUAUUAGGAUCAAAGAAAAAGAUCCAAACAGUGUAGAGAAAAUUCAUGCUGUUUCAAUCGGUUCAGCAAAGGCUAAGGAUGUCUUACGUGUUGCAUUGGCAAAAGGUGCUGAUUCUAGUACUUUAAUUGAUGUUGGGGACCAAGAAGUUGAACCUUUACAAGUUGCCAAAAUGUUGAAACAAGUUGUAGAAAAGGAAAAUUCAAAUUUGGUCAUUUUAGGUAAACAAGCCAUUGAUGAUGAUUCAAAUCAAACUGGUCAAAUGUUAGCUGGAUUAUUAAAUUGGCCACAAGCUACAAAUGCAUCCAAGGUUGUUAUUGAAGGUGAUUCUGUUUCAGUUACUCGUGAAGUUGAUGGAGGUGCUGAUACCUUAAAGGCACAAUUGCCAAUGAUUAUAACUACUGAUUUAAGAUUGAAUGAGCCAAGAUAUGCCUCAUUACCAAACAUUAUGAAGGCUAAGAAGAAGCCUUUAGAAACAUUGAAAUCAUCAGACUUGGGUGUGGAAAUAGAAAGUAGAUUGGAAACUUUGAAAGUUGAAGAACCACCAGCUAGAAGUGCUGGUAUUAAGGUUGAAACCGUUGAUCAAUUGGUUGAAAAGCUCAAAGAAUUAAAGGCUAUUUAA